AUGCCCCAAGCUGCCGCUUCGGCGCCGUGGACUCCCUCGUCCCGGGUCCCGGGCCUGCCCCAGAACCCAGGUGGCUGCACUUUGAUGCCGAUAGCUCAGGCGAUCCCUCUGCAGGUGGACAUGGCCAUGGCCCUGCAGCGCGUGAGGAUUGCCGAGAAGUACGGGAAGAACGACCUCUGCCUCCUGCAAGCAGUCUUCGUGGCAGAAACAAAUCUGCUUCUCCGUAUAAAGGACAUCAGUCAUUUCUUAAUGCAAGACAUCGCCUUCCUAUCUGGUGGCCGGGGAAAGGACAAUGCUUGGAUUAUUACAUUUCCAGAAAACUGUAAUUUUAGAUGUAUACCAGAGGAAGUAAUAACAAAAGUGCUUACUUACCUGACAUCUAUUGCAAGGCAAAAUGGAUCUGACUCCCGGUUUACCAUUAUUCUGGAUCGAAGACUGGAUACGUGGUCUUCUCUCAAAAUCUCUCUCCAAAAAAUCUCAGCUUCCUUCCCUGGGAACUUGCAUUUGGUUUUGGUUUUACGUCCUACCAGCUUUCUUCAAAGAACUUUCACAGACAUUGGAUUUCGGUUUAGUCAGGAGGAUUUCAUGCUUAAAUUACCAGUUGUUAUGCUGAGCUCAGUUAGUGAUUUGCUGACAUACAUUGAUGACAAGCAAUUAACCCCUGAGUUAGGCGGCACCUUGCAGUACUGCCACAGUGAAUGGAUCAUCUUCAGAAAUGCUAUAGAAAAUUUUGCCCUCACAGUGAAAGAAAUGGCUCAGAUGUUACAGUCCUUUGGAACUGAACUGGCUGAGACAGAACUACCAGAUGAUAUUCCUUCAAUAGAAGAAAUUCUGGCAAUUCGUGCUGAAAGGUAUCAUCUGUUGAAGAAUGAUAUUACAGCUGUAACCAAAGAAGGAAAAAUUCUGCUAACAAAUCUGGAAGUGCCUGACACUGAUGGAGCUGUCAGUUCAAGACUAGAAUGUCAUCAGCAAGUCAGUGGUGACUGGCAAACUAUUAAUAAGUUGCUGACUCAAGUACAUGAUAUGGAAACAGCUUUUGAUGGAUUUUGGGAAAAACAUCAAUUAAAAAUGGAGCAGUAUCUGCAACUAUGGAAGUUUGAGCAGGAUUUUCAAGAGCUUGUGACUGAAGUUGAAUUUCUAUUAAACCAACAAGCAGAACUGGCUGAUGUAACGGGGACUAUAGCUCAAGUAAAACAAAAAAUAAAAAAAUUGGAAAAUUUAGAUGAAAAUUCUCAGGCACUAUUAGCAAAGGCCCAGUUUGUGAUAUUACAUGGACACAAGCUUGCAGCAAAUCACCAUUAUGCACUUGAUUUAAUCUGCCAGAGGUGCAAUGAGCUACGUUACCUUUCUGAUAUUUUGGUUAAUGAGAUCAAAGCAAAACGGAUACAGCUCAGCAGGACCUUCAAAAUACAUAAACUACUACAGCAGGCUCGUCAAUGCUGUGAUGAAGGGGAAUGUCUUCUGGCUAAUCAGGAAAUAGAUAAGUUUCAGUCCAAAGAAGAUGCUCAGAAAGCUCUUCAAGACAUUGAAAAUUUUCUUGAAAUGGCUCUACCCUUUAUAAAUUAUGAACCUGAAACACUGCAGUAUGAAUUUGAUGUAAUAUUAUCUCCUGAACUUAAGGUUCAAAUGAAGACUAUACAACUCAAGCUUGAAAACAUUCGAAGCAUAUUUGAGAACCAGCAGGCUGGUUUCAGGAACCUGGCAGAUAAGCAUGUGAGGCCAGUUCAAUUUGUGGUACCCACAUCUGAAAAUUUGAUCAGAUCUACAGCACCAUUUUUUUCAUCUAAACAUGGGAAGAAGACUUGGAGACAAAAUCAGAGCAACUUAAAAAUUGAAGUGGUGAAUGAUUGUCCGGAGAAGAGAAGUUCUGGGCAAUCCUCCAGUUUGGAUAAUGACAAUAGCUUGGACGUUUUAAAGAACCACGUCCUAAAUGAACUGAUACAGACUGAGAGAGUUUACGUUCAAGAACUGUUUACUGUUUUGCUGGGUUAUAGAGCGGAGAUGGAUAAUCCAGAGAUGUUUGAUCUUAUGCCACCUCUCCUGAGAAAUAAAAAGGACAUUCUCUUUGGAAACAUGGCAGAAAUAUAUGAAUUCCAUAACGACAUUUUCUUGAGCAGCCUGGAAAAUUGUGCUCAUGCUCCGGAAAGAGUGGGACCUUGUUUCCUAGAAAGGAAGGAUGAUUUUCAGAUGUAUGCAAAAUAUUGUCAGAAUAAGCCCAGAUCAGAAACAAUAUGGAGGAAGUAUUCAGAAUGUGCAUUUUUCCAGGAAUGUCAAAGAAAGUUAAAACACAGACUUGGACUAGAUUCCUACUUACUCAAACCAGUGCAACGAAUCACUAAAUAUCAGUUAUUGUUGAAGGAGCUAUUAAAAUAUAGCAAAGACUGUGAAGGAUCUGCUCAGUUAAAGGAGGCACUCGAUGCAAUGCUGGAUUUACUGAAGUCAGUUAAUGAUUCUAUGCAUCAGAUUGCAAUAAAUGGCUAUAUUGGAAACUUAAAUGAACUCGGCAAGAUGAUAAUGCAAGGUGGAUUUAGUGUUUGGAUAGGACAUAAGAAAGGUGCUACGAAAAUGAAGGAUUUGGCUAGAUUCAAACCAAUGCAGCGACACCUUUUCUUGUAUGAAAAAGCCAUUGUGUUUUGUAAAAGGCGUGUUGAAAGUGGAGAAGGCUCUGAUAGAUACCCAUCAUACAGUUUUAAACACUGUUGGAAAAUGGAUGAAGUUGGAAUCACUGAAUAUGUAAAAGGUGAUAACCGCAAGUUUGAAAUCUGGUAUGGUGAAAAGGAAGAAGUUUAUAUUGUCCAGGCUCCUAAUGUAGAUGUGAAGACGACAUGGUUAAAAGAAAUAAGAAAUAUUUUGUUGAAGCAGCAGGAACUUUUGACAGUUAAAAAAAGAAAGCAACAGGAUCAAUUAGCAGAACAGGAUAAGAUUCAGAUUUCUCUUCAGCAGAAUGAUGAAGACCCGUGUCAGAGAUGGCUCUCCUAUUUUGAUGAAGCUACUAUGUCAAAUGGUAAAUAGCUCUUUCCUGCUUGCUUCUCAGCUCAUUUGGAAAAAUACUGCUCAAAAGACGUUCAAUUCAAAUGAUGUAGAUGUUGUUUUCAAGUUAAUGGACAUGCAAAGAAUCCACAGCACAUACUUCUUUUCUUUCAUUUUGUAAAGCUUUUAAUUAUGGUACGCUCUCUUUUUAAAAUCAUGUAUUUAAUGUGUCAGAUAUUGUGCUGGAAAGAUUCUCAUCUCAGAAUACUUUGGGACUUGAAAAUUAUUUCUUCUCUACUUUGUAACCAAAUGCAAUCAGUGUGCCUUGGAUUAUUUCAUUUGUUAAUGAAUUAAGUUAAAAUUACUGCUGCAAAAUGGCUAAGGUCAAGUAAAGCACAACAUUAUGAUUUAAUAGGCUUUUGUUAGACCCACAGCUUUUGUGCCCAUUAUUUUAAUCUGUGUGAAAGAAAACAAAGCCCAACAAUUCUUUCUGGGGCAUGAGUAAAUUUUGUUCAGGGCGACUGUCUGUAUGUGCCCAGAUAAAUUUUCAUGAGAGUAGUUUACAAAUAGCUGUAUUUACAAGUUAAUCUUUUCAUGCUGAUUUUUUUCUGUAUUUCUGCUUAUAAUUAAUGUAACUUAAAUUAGUUAUGCUCUGCUAUUUUCUGUAUAUGUCGUUGUAAUUCUUUUUUUCAAAUAAAAAUUAAUUAUUCAG